GAGUUCAACAAUGUCUCUAAUAGUCACGUUGCUUGUGGUGACAUUAGUUACUCAGUGUUGGAGUGCACCACAGCGGAGGAACUGGACUCCUCAGGCCAUCUUAUACCUAAAAGGAGCACAAGGACAGCGCUCAGUGUUGCAGCGCGCAGGCAGAGAGGAAGUGGACACUUUACAUUUAGCGACUCACCAGAGCAGUGAUGGACCUGGAUUGUCUUUGUCUUCCAUUCUUCUGGAGCUCCUGCAGAAAGCUGUGGAAGAAGGUGGAGGCAAUCCAGAUGAUUACCCAGACGAACAAGAGAUGAAUUGGAACUAUUUGUGAAGACAAUUUUUUUUUGUCUUAUUGUUGCAUAUUCUUGGAUUUAUUAUGUUUUCUUAUACGUGUUACUUAUCGCUGGUUGAGUUUACUUGUAAUCAAACAUGCUAAAUAAAUACAUUUCCCUUGC